CUUUACACUGCACGCUGUUGGAGCAGAGCUGCCGGGAUAGUCAAGGACACGACACAGAAGGUUCAGGAGCUUGAAGAUUCGUACGGCCAGAUUUGGGAACAGCUUCUUUCCAACUCUGAUAAGACUGGUAGGGGUUAGGUUCUUGUGUCUCCUUCUGACGUCACCUUUCAAAUUCAAGUUCAAAUUUAUUGUCGUUUAACUGUACAUAUGUAUACUGCCAAAUGAGACAACCCUCCUCCAGACAAGGUUCACAGCCUUGUGGGGCACCAGUGCUCAGAGUGAUUGUAGAGGAGAGCUUGUCCUCUAUUUUUACAGCCUGGGUCCUGUCUGUGAGGAAGUUGAAGAUCCAGCUGCUGAUCUGAGUGCCAAGACCCAGGUUCCAGAGCAUAGGAAUCAGUUUAUUUGGAAUGAUGGUAUUAAAGGCAGAGCUGAAGUCAAUGUGUACCACCAGCUGAAACAACAUUCCUCCAAACCCAGAUGCACAACACAGUGCAUGUAACUUACAAACAACAUAUGAAGGGCACAAUGGUAGCGUAGUGGUUAUCUCUAUUACAGCUCGAGGCAUCAGAGUUAAGUUCCGAUGUCACUUGUAAAGGGUCUGUACGUCCUCCCCAUGAAAUGUGUGUGUUUUCUCCCACAGUCCAAAGACGCAUCAGUUAGCAGGUUAAUUGAUCAAUGUAAAUUGUUCCAUGACUAGGCUAGGGUUAAAUCAGGGAUCACUAGAAGGCCACAUUGUAUUCCUAAAUAAAUAAAGUAAUAUUGCCAUAAAUAAUUAGGUGCAUUUAUGUCACGUUAAAAUGUAAACAAUAUAACACUACUGGUGCUUCUGAAGUGCUACUGAAGCAGAACUAGUUAAACCAAAUUUUCAAACUUAGUUAAGGGAUUGUUCAGAGGCAGAUUAUACGGAGGCAGAUUUCUCAGAAUACUUUCCAAGCAACUAAAAUUUAAAGGAAAUGUACAUUACAAAGAAAGGUGACUUGUCAGAAGGAGACACAAGAAAUUCAUUCCUCCUCAGUCCACCAAUCACCUACCAGCCUUUGUCUCAACCCUCCCCCUCUCUACAUCUUCCCUCUCCACUCUCAGUCCUGAUGCAGGGUUUCAACCUGAAAUGUCUCUCCACUCAGAAAUGCUGCUUGACUCACUGAGUUCCUCCAGCAGAUUCCUCCAUUGUGACAUGUCAGAAGAUUGGAUUGAACAUGAUAAAGUUCAAACUGAAGCAAAAAUUCAAAAUAAAUUUAUUAUCGAAUUAUGCAUAUAUCACCAUAUACUACCCUGAGAUUCAUUUCCUUACAGGCAUUCUCAGCAGAACACACAAAAUCAAUGAAAAACUACACACCAAGACUGAAAAACCUAAUGUGUGAAAGUUAAAAGUAAAUUUACUUUCUCGGAGAUUCAUUUUCUAACGAGCUUUCACAGUAAAUAGAAUCAAUGAAAGAGUGCAGACAACAACCAAUGUGCCAAAGACAACAAACUGUGCAAAUACAAGAUGAGAAAAAAAAAACCAAAAACAACAAUAAUAAUAAAUAAGCAAAAUAUAUCCAAUGAAAAGAGUUGUAGAGUCCUUGCUGUUUUGGAUCAGUUCAAGGAGGGAGUGAAUGAGGUUCAAGAGCCUGAUGGUUGAGCCUGUUUUUGAACCUGGUGAUGUGGGUCUUGAGGCUCCUGUACAUCUAUCCUGAUGGCAGCAGUGAGAAGAGAGCAUGGCUGCUUUCGUGUGGCAUCGUUCCUUGCAGAUGUGCUCAAUGGUGGGCAGGGAUUUUCCUGUGAUGGACAGAUUAAGUUUCUACAGAUGUUUUAAAAAGAAACAAAUUAGGUGUUUCUCCCAGAGGAAGGGGGAAUUGAUAAUGAAAGGCAAAGAAAUGACUGACAAAUUAAGCAAAUGUCUUGCACCAGAAUUCAUUGUGGAAGUGGAAGAUGCAGUAACACUCCAUAAAUAGCUCUGAAUUACGAAGUAGAAAAGUACAGUCAAACUGAGCAAACUGUUGAGCAUGUGAUUUAAUGGGCUUGAUCCGAUGAACAUAAAAGUGGCAGAGGAAUCUGCUUCAACUGUCUCCACUACUCCAGAUUCCACACCUUCCUCCACUGAAGGUGUCAGUGAGGACUUCUUGGAACCCCAGACGGCACAAGACCUGUCCGAUGAUGACAUCUCAACGGACACUUCCCUGUACUGGGGCACCCCGCGCCAGAUGUCCCUGGACUCAGCCUUGUCAUGCAGAGCAUCCCUCAUUCAGGCUGGUUGCUUCCCAUCUAGCAGCCUGUCCGACCUCACUGAGAGGGGGUUUGGAGAUGGAAGAAGUGGCUGUGGGUUCUUGGCAGCUGAUAUAUCCCACACAACUAAUAAGCAGCAUUCUGAGCCGAGGGGCAUAGUCCGAACUGAGACAAUUGAGGCUUUUCUGCUGGAAGACAAGGAUGACAUGGAGAAAGAUAACAUCGAUCUGUCUGGGGUGUUGGAGCAGAAAGAGAGGGAACGUGUACCUGAACUGAAGGCCAGUGCAGAAAGAACCAAACCCAUACCAAGGGAUGCAGAGAACUGGGACCCAUUGCUCUGCAGCCCCAUUCCCUCUGCCUCAGGAGCUCUUCUGCUCAGCCAAGACUAUGAGGAGACUGAGGUACCAAGACUGGGCCUUGAUGAGACUGUGACACAGACACCAGUCAAUCCAAUGGGGGCCUCCAAUGACCAGAAGGAUCUUGAGAGGCCUGAUAUGGAGACUGAAGUGGAAGGAAGGUUGAAUCUGGAAGGUACCAUCUCCAACAAGAAGGUGAAGUUUACAGAAGUCCUUGGGGUGAUGUCACUGGCUGCCAAGCCCCCACUGCUGAGGGAGAUGGAAGAAGAGCAGCUGUCUUCAGAUCCCUCACUGCCAUCUGUCUCAGACGCAGAAGAGGUGCCCGUGCCAGACCGCAAAGGAACCCUAAGCAAACCAGGUGUACCGCAGAUAGUGGGUUUCGUUGAUACUUUAAUGCCCACGGGAGCGGCGGACGUUGUGGACAACGCAAAGCCAGGAGCAAGUGACGUCAACACCAUCAGUGGUGAUACCAUUGUAUGGCAGCCCCCAGUCAUCCAGGUCUCAGUUGGUCAAGGAGCUCAGGAAGUGAUGGAUGAUGAAGCACAGUUGGACAGCCGGCGGUCACUGUCGCAACUCAGUGCCUUGGACCAAACAGACCUCUGCAAAACUGAGUUCUUCAAGGUUGCAGACCAAUUAGAGGGAGAGGAGGUGCCCGUGCCAGACUACAAAGGAACCCUAAGCAAACCAGGUGUACCGCAGAUAGUGGGUUUCGUUGAUACUUUAAUGCCCACGGGAGCGGCGGACAUUGUGGACAACGCAAAGCCAGGAGCAAGUGACGUCAACACCAUCAGUGGUGAUACCAUUGUAUGGCAGCCCCCAGUCAUCCAGGUCUCAGUUGGUCAAGGAGCUCAGGAAGUGAUGGAUGAUGAAGCACAGUUGGACAGCCGGGGGUCACCGUCGCAACUCAGUGCCUUGGACCAAACAGACCUCUGCAAAACUGAGUUCUUCAAGGUUGCAGACCAAUUAGUAAUUGAUCUUCUGUACUGGGAGGACGUGAAGAAGACAGGCACCGUAUUCGGUGCCAUUAUCCUCACUCUCUUCUCCCUCACCCAGUUCAGCAGUAUCAGCGUGCUGGCAUACCUGGCCCUCUCUGUGCUCUCCGUCACCAUCUGUCUGCGACUCUACACAUCCAUCUUACACCUGAUCUACAAAACACAGGAAGUCCAUCCAUUCCAGAGUUACCUUGAUUUGGACAUCAGCUUCACCCAGGAGCAAUUACGGAAAUCUUCAGAAACAUUGGUGUCUUACCUGACCAGCACUGUCAACCACCUCCGCCGGCUCAUUCUUGUUGAAGACCUGCUGGAUUCUCUGAAGUUCGGAGUCCUACUCUGGCUGCUGACGUACAUUGGGGCACUGUUCAAUGGACUUACUCUCACCAUUCUGGUUGUAGUUGGUGCCUUCAUCGUUCCCCUGGUUUACAGGAAGCAUAAGGUGCAGAUUAACCAAUACCUGGGGCUCCUGAGAGGACAAAUCAAGGAUGUAACAGCAAAAAUCCAGUCCAAGCUUCCGGGAUCAAGACCCAAAGCGGAAUAAUGGUGGAAAAGCAGGAACUGUGGCUGGAACCCAGGUCUGGGACCCUACAUCCCAAACGAUGUUUGUCAAUAAAAGUCUUAACCUGACAGCAAUCAGAACAUCAACACUGGAUGCAGUGAAUUUAGAGACUUAAAUACACCCCGUACCAAGCAUUGGAGUCUUCCCCUUUCACAUGAUGUACACCUGGUUUUAUGUGGGUUCAGGCCUGAAUUCCUGAAUGAGGCAAACUGGCCACAUGGAUACCAUGUGUCCUCAUAUGAUCCCAAGGGAAAUGUGGAUGCCAUUUAUGAGGGAAUAGUAAGAAUAGAUUGGGUUUGGGGCUGUAGGGUGCUCUUGAGUUGUGGGGUUUCAAUGGGAAAA